AUGGCGUAUUAUAAGAGCACUCCUAAGUCGGGCCUGGGGUCUCAAAUGCUCGCUGCUACUCCCAGAACGGCGUUCAAAAUUGCACAUCAGCGGGUGUCUAUAGACGUCGAUAUAUCGACCCAUUCGUUAAGUGCGUGUGCAGAGAUCAUACUGAUACCUCUGAGUGACAAGCUGGAGUAUGUCACGCUCGAUUGCAAAGAAAUUAACAUCACAGGUGUCAUUGUCGAGAAUAGACGAUGUGAUAAUUACAUUCACGACGACCCUUUCCGGUGGUAUGCGGACAAAUACAGCAGUGGGAAACUUUCCGAGUCACCGCUCUUCGAUAACAACUCGGUCGAGCAAGCGCAUUUCCUUCGAAACAAAUUUGCAGAGCUCAAUCCGCCCUCAGAAACGUCUGAUGCCACCCGUUCGCAACUAACAAUACGCAUCCCACCCUCCGUCAAAAUCACACUCCAAGAGGCAAACGCGAUAUCCUCGUUCACGCCAAUCACGCCUUCAAUUCGUACCCCCGCUCAGGACACCAUUUAUUCCCCGAUCACAAUCAAAAUCAAUUACCAGCUUCAGAACCCAACGAAUGGACUUCAAUUCGAUACAUCCCGUGAGCAGCAUUUGUGGACAGCGUGUACUACCAAUACCGAGUGGAAUUCGAGUGCUUCGCACUGGCUGCCGUGUGUGGACACCAUGGAGGAAAAAUGCACUUGGGAACUUGAGUUCAGUGUCCCUAAAAAAGUGAAGGACAUCGGAACCAGUAACGUAAUAGGGGCUACUGAACCUAAGAAACGGAGGCUUCGAGACGAUAAUCCUUAUAGUAAAGAUGUGGCAGAUCAAUUCAAUGACCAAGAUGAGAUGCACUCAACAAGACACCGUUCGAGUCGCAAUUCCGUAGGCGAACACAAUGAAGAUGACGACGACGACCUCGAUGAGGAGGAAGAAGAAGACAAUCCCCUGAAUAGGGAUCUGGUUGUCUGCGCUUCAGAAUUCUCCACGGGUAAAGAAGCACCACACCCAACAGAUUUGUCAAGGAAGCUGGUAUCUUUUCAAAUCUUCAAUCCAGUAGCGCCACAUCAUAUUGGUUGGGCUAUUGGCGCUUUUCAAACGUGGACUUUACCCCAUAUAAAGGCUCAGGGUGAGCCUGAAGAUGAAAGCGAUGAACCAAAUGCUAUCUCAGAAACUCAAGACGACGAGGAGAGAGAUAUUAUUCCAAUACAAAUUUAUACACUACCAAGUCCCGACAUUGACGAGAGAACGAUUCUAAAUUCAACUUUAGUCACCCAAGAAAUUCUGGAUUUUUAUGCCAAAGAGUUUGGAUCGUAUUCCUUCACCUCUUAUUCCCUCCUGUUUCUACCCUCUAUUCCUGACGAUUCGAUGGAUUUUGCAAGCACAACUUUUUGCAACACAAGGCUUCUGUAUCCUCCUGAAGUAAUAGACCUUACAUUUUCAACAACUGAUAAGUUGAGCUGGGCCUUGGCAACCCAAUGGUCUGGGGUCAACGUAACGCCCCUCGAACUAAAUGACAUAUGGUGCUGCAUUGGAAUGGCGGGUUACAUGGCUUUGCAAUUUUCCAAGCAUUUAAUGGGUUUGAACGAAUUCAAAUAUAGGGUCAAAACUUUAUCCGAGCGAGUAGCUGACCGCGAUUGGGAAAAACCACCAAUGGCUGGCGCUUUUGCACAUGCAUCAAUGCCUGUCACAUCGCUCUCCAAGGAGUUAGAAUUUAUAAAACUAAAGGCACCGAUUGUUUUAUACAUCCUAGAUCGCAGGAUGACUAAAACUGAGCGAUCUUUUGGUAUGUCUCGUGUUUUACCCAAGAUCUUUUUACAAGCGAUGUCCGGAGAUCUGCCCAACAGCACUCUUUCAACAUCGCAUUUUCAGCAUGUUUGCGAGAGAGUUAACAAAAACAAGCUUGAAAACUUCUUUAAAGAGUGGAUAUUCGGAUCUGGUGUCCCAAUCUUUAGAAUUACUCAGCGUUUCAACAAGAAAAGAAUGGUCGUGGAAAUGGGAAUCCGUCAAUGCCAAGUGCAAGAGAUAGCUCAAGAUAAAACAGUAGGCGCCGAAGGUUUCCAGUCUAGCGCACUGAGCCACAUAUCCUAUCCGAACACAAAUUUGACACCGGUUUUCACUGGUUCCAUGACUAUUCGAAUUCAUGAAGCCGAUGGUACUCCGUACGAGCACAUCGUCGAGCUUAAAGACACCUUUACGAAACUUGACAUACAAUACAAUACGAAAUACAAGAGGCUCAAAAGAAGGAGAAAAAUCAACAAAUCCGCGAAGCAAGAAGGCAAAGAUCAAACUCCUUUCGAGACCGCCGAGGUCGCGGGUCCGGAUGAUGAGAAUGAAGAUGUUGUCCUGGUAAACUGCCUUGGCGAUGUGUUAACGAGUGCCAAAGAUUGUCAACAAUGGAAUCUUACCGACCCUCUUAUGACCAGCGAGGGUGACGAAUUUCAGCAGCAAAAUGAAGCAUUUGAGUGGAUCAGAAUUGAUGCUGAUUUUGAAUGGGUUUGCAAAGUCUAUAUCAAUCAGCCCGACUACAUGUUCGCGUCGCAGUUGCAACAAGAUCGAGAUGUCGAGGCGCAGAUCGACAGCAUAAGGUUCUUUCAAGACGUGGUAAUAAACUCAAAUGUGAACUCUCUCGUUUAUUCAUCCAUCCUGACCCGAACGGCGAUGGACGAUAGAUAUUUUUAUGGUGUGAGAAUUGAGGCUUGUAAAGCAUUAUCCAACUUCAAGGUUGCGCAAGCCAACUCCGGGGAAUUUAUGGGAGGUGCCAAGCACUUGAUAAAGAUUUUCCAGCACUAUUUCUGUUACGAAAACUCCAACAUCCCCUUCAAUAAUGAUUUCUCUGACUAUCAGCGUUAUUUUCUGCAACGAGCCAUCCCUCACCUUUUGUCGCAGGUGAAAAACGAUAAUGAUCUAUGUCCGCGGUUCGUUAAGCGUUUCUUACUCAACAUUGUUAGAUAUAACGAAAACGCAGAAAACAGUUAUGACGAUACGCAUUAUGUCGUAAACCUAAUCACCAGUACCGUUACGAGCGCCCUUAAUGACACUGAGGAUGUGACUUUUUAUCGCGAUCUGCUCCAUGAGCUGCGCAGGUUCAAGAAUCUCGAUCAAUGGAUUCCAUCUUAUCAACUGCUGGUCACAAAUUGCAUCAUUAAUCAACACUUGAGACUUGCAGUCGAUGGCUUCUAUGUCUACGAGGACAUCUCACAGAUACUUGAAUAUACCGUGAAGGACAGCCCUCACACCUCUGCUGCAAAUUGCAUCCACUUCCGCGAAGGAGUCCAAGAUUUACUGUUAACUUCCUUUGAAAUUCUUCUUGUGCAAGGAGGUAUCAAGAACAGAGAAGCGUUGAAGCUAUUUUUUGAGCAUAUGCUGCUACACCCUGAUCCAUAUGUCAGGGUGAAACUGCCGGGCACUCUUGUUGACGCCAUUGAUUUUAUAGCCGAUAAGCGAUACCUCGAAGACCUUGACGACGACUUUGAGAGCCUACACGCAACCGUGAAUGCAGUUUUUGACGGUGGAGCUGCUGGACUGGGAGAUACAAACUUGAUUGUUGAGAGCUUCAGCGCGGAAACGGCCAACAAAAGAGAAACUCAGUUGAGAGGGACAAUAAAUGGGCUCGUGACACUCAUGCGUCGUAAAUUUGCCUCUUAUGAGCCUUUGAAGCAGAUAAUUUGGGACGUCCUGCAUUCCCCUUUGGCGAGCUUAUACCAAAAAAAGUGCUUAUUCGAUUUGGUACGAGUCAUAUACCAGAUGGAGGACCGGUUCUGCGUGAGACUUGCAAUCCCAAGGGAUCGCAAACUCGUUGCUAAACAUGUGGGUAACGGCAUAAUGCAAUUGCGGCGAGAGGGCAUUCUGAAGGUUCAUUUGGCUCCAAAAAUUAAGAUUAAUGCGAAACGUAAGCCUGCAGCAGUUACCCCCAAACCCUCUGUUUUGAAGGUCAAAUUGACUGCUGCAAAUGCUGCAAAUGCUGCAAAUGCUGCAAACGCUGCAAACGCUGCAAACGCUGCAAGCGUGACAGACGUGGCAGACACUACGAAAGCCACUACGGCUACAAAUGCCAAAAAGCCAGCGUCGCCGACAAAACCGCGAGGAAAUCCAAACUCUGUCGUUCCGCCAUCUCCGAAAAGAAGCAACAAAGUGGUCAAAAGUUCCAUCACCAAAUUGGGUUCUCUGCCUCUCAGAUUCGUCAGAAUCUCUCCCAAGAGGCAUGCCGUGGAUAUUUCGGCAGCCUCAUUCAACGACAACGUCAGUAUCGUAAAAUCCAACGCUAGAUCACUGGUCGUCAAAAUUCGAACUACAUGCAAGCAAACGGAUCAAAAAGACCAUUUGUAA